GUAUUAUGGUUGACUUGUAAGAAUUAAUUGAAAUUUAUUGUAUAGUUUUGUUUCCUCUGUUGAGAGAAAAAAGUCGCUUAUUAUUAAUCUAUCCUUUAAAUAUCAACUUCAUCUAUAUCAGCAAUUUAUUCCCUUAAAACUCACUCGAUAAUCAUCCUCCUGGAGAAAUGGCAUAGGAGUAUGUAGAAGAAUAAAUAUAUAUUCAGUGUUAACAUUCAGAAAUGAGAAUAGAAAAUAUAAGAUAUAAUUUUACAUAAUUAUUUGGAAAUUGAAAAACAUGGAAACUCAAGAAGAUUGCACAAUUAGGCGAGGACAACCUAUUCGUCGCUACCAAAAUGAUUACAAACCUGAUGGACAUACUUCAACUUCAAUGAUAGUGAAUCAAUCUCAAUAUUUAAAUGUUGGAAGGUCUACUGUAAGAAUAGCUGUAUAUUUAAUGACUGGAAUUUUUCUAUCAAUGGAUGUUGAACAUAGUUCCACUGCACAUCAAAUUCUUGCAAUGAUCCAAUCUGAAGGAGAACUAGGAUUAACAAGAACUCCUUUAUUCACUAGCCAAACAGUCUUUGCUUUGUGGCUUUGCUCUUCAAGACUAGAAGUCCAAUUGCAUUCGAAUCAUAAGCCUUUAGAGUUGGCUGCAAAAUGGAAUCGCUUAGUAAAAAAAUAUAGUUCUCAGAGGGAGGAAACAGACGAAGAACCUUUGCUGUGUCUUAGACGAAAUGUAUUCCUUUCUCGGUCAGACGAGGAGCAAAUAAAGGAAGCUAAAGUAUUAGAGCUAUUAUAUGCAGAAGCCAGAAACAACGUAUUGCAAGGACGUUAUCCAUGCGAGGGACAGGCGCGAUAUGCAAGUUUGGGAGCUUUGCAAGCACGAAUUGAACUUGGCCCAUAUAAUCCCCAAAGUCAUACAUUGGCAUUUUUCAGAAGGCAUCGUGGUCGAUUCUUGCCUCAUCAUUACACUUCUCCUAGUCUGUUAUUAGGUCUCGGUGUGGGAUUAGGAUUAGUAGGAGGAAAAGGGGCACCGGAGGCUCGGCUACUUGAACAGUACAAACGAAUACCAAAUCACACAGGAACUAAUACGAAUUCGAGGAAACUUGUCAGAAAGUACUUAGAGUUUUGUUGGAGCUUGCCAUGUUAUGGCGCGGCUUUUUUUCAAGGGCAAAUCGAACGUCCUGUGAGAGGGCUUGCAUCAUGGAUUACAAAUCGUGAUAUGCAUGUACUCAUUGCUAUUAAUUCAUCGGGUGUAUAUAUCGUGGAUGACAUUCAAUGCAGUUUAUUAUUGGGUCUAAGGUAUUCAGAGUUGAGCUGGGAAAUGGCGAAACCUUCUGAUGAAAGUAAUCUGGAUUGUCUGCCAUGUUUAUUUCUACAGUUUCCUGUACGGGAGAAUGGGACACGAGUUUAUAAAAUUCUACAAGUAUUCUCGAGACAAGCAAUAAUGAUGGACACAUUAAUUUCUGGCUUUGCCGAAGAACAUCGUCGUCAUGGAACUAACGGUGAUAUUGGGAAUACAGACCGUGCGGUAGGUUCCAAUAUCGGAAGUUUUACCAAUAAACUUAGUAAAUUCACAUUGGCAACUUUUGACGACGAAGGCCGAUGUAUUGGACAAAUGGGUUCUUGGUCAUUUCAAUGAAGGAACUAAAUCUCUAUGGCGAUCUAAUCUGGUUUCUAACGUUUGUAAGUAAAAGUUUAAUUCAUUAAUUUUUUCUAAUAUUUCUUCUUCUUCUUCACGGGUUAAAUCUCCUUCCUGUAAAAAAAAAAAACCUGCUUUUC